CACCAGCAACUGUCACAGAGAAUUUGCCGUCCGACUUGGAGAACCGCAGACAGCGAAUUUUUCAGACAAACGAAGAGAGACACCAUGAAGGGUCAGUCAGCAAUCAUCGUCGUCGGCCUCUGCGUGGCCGUCGCCACCCUGCUCAGCUCGGUCCACUCGGCAACUAUUGCGAAGAGAGCCGUGGCUGGAGGCAGCAGCAACCACUCGGUUAAGGAGUCUGACCAGGACAAAAUAUGCCACUUUAGCACACCGUGCGGAUGGGCCGUCUAUGAACCGUACACGCGUCAGAUCAACUACUUCCUCAGAAACACGUGUCGGUGCUCGGAGAACAAAAAGUGUCUGCGGACUAACGACGACCUGUCGACGAAAGCGUAUGUGUACAAGUGCCGCGAGGCGCCGGCCAGCACGCCCACGCAGGAACACUCUUGGUCCAGAUGAGGACACUGGCUCGGUCGCGGCCGCUAGAGAUCCUCCUCAGUUCGUCACAAGACUCUAGACGCUCACGUUGAUUGCGCGCGCCGAGUUCCCUCUUUUCAACAACAACUAUCAUUGUUGCGGUUAGAUAGACAUUUAAGUUAUUCCCUUCUUUUUACAUCCCGAUCAUGUUAAAACAAAAGAAAUAUGUAUAUUUAUUGAGGAGAAAAGAAAGUUCAGUAUUUUUCGCCGCUCGAUCUAAUCGGACCGACGCAGAGUUGAACACGAAAUGUGAAACGUACUUAAGACGAAAUUAGCCUCUGCGAACACGAACAUCCGAACAGCAGAGCGACUCGCUUCCUUCGAGUGCGAAGAUCAAAUUGUCAAAUUUAUAAGGAAAAAAAUCCCGAGGCCAAAUCGAGAAAAGUACAAUUGUAAUCGUAAGCUGACAGUUCCUGCCCACGGACCGGCUGCUGGUUUGGCCAAAGUCGCUCUGCUCUCUUUUAUGAUGAUAUUGUAAAGAGAUUUUAUUCUGUCCGAGUCUUUGAUGACUUUAAAAAAAACGAGCGCGACAGGAAUCGUAUACAAAAUAAAUUGCUUUGCUGUAUAGAAAAAGACUCACGUGUAUAAAAACAUGCUUGGAUCGCAGUAUUUUUGUUGACGAGAGAAAUAUGAUAAUAAACACACAAAAAACAACUGCCAGAGCAACUCGCUUGUUUGAU